AAGCCUAGCAGACGGGGGGGGGGGGAGGGAAGUAGGUCGAAAUGUGGAGUCACUCGUCUUGGUCCGCGCCUCCUCGCAGCGUCCUUCCCUUUCUCACCCCCUGCCAUUGGUAGCGUCCUGCCUUCCCGGAGUCGUAACCCUGCUGAGACUGCUGCGCCUGCGCAUACGGCGCCGGAGGCGACGGCGGUGGGGGGGAGGGGGGGCCAGGAACAUGGCGCAGGCUCUUUCCGAGGAGGAGUUCCAACGGAUGCAGGCUCAGCUCCUGGAGCUUCGGACCCAGAACUACCAGCUGUCAGACGAGCUGAGGAAAAAUGGCGUUGAGCUCACCUCCCUCCGCCAGAGAAUCACGUUUCUGGAUAAGGAGUUUGCCCGAGCCCAGAAGGCCCUGAGCAAGAGCAAGAAAGCCCAGGAGGUGGAAGUUCUGCUCAGUGAGAAUCAGAUGCUGCAGGGGAAACUCCACAGUCAGGAAGAUGACUUCCGGCUCCAGAACAGCACACUCCUUCAGGAGCUCAGCAAGCUCUGUGCACAGAUUGAGCAGCUAGAACAGGAAAAUCAGCAGCUAAAGGAGAGCUCCCUGGGGGAUGGGGAGCUUCUUCGCCUGAAGGCAGAGAACACGGCCCUCCAGAGGAAUGUCACAGCCCUGCAGGAACGCUAUGAGAAAGAGCAGGCAGGUUCUCCAAGCCUGUUGGGGACUGCUGGAAAGGAUGAGUCGGGGGGCUGUGGGGACCCUCCAGGAGGCCCAGCAGCCUCACCCCCGUUGGCAGAGACAGAGCUGAAGUGGGAAGUGGAAAAGGAGGAGAAGAGGCUUCUCCAGGAGCGUCUGCAGGGCCUCGAGAGCUUGAAGCAGGCAGAGACGGCAAAGCUUCAGGAGGAGGUGGCCAAGCUGUCGGAAAAGCUGAAGAAGAAGCAGGAAAGUUUCUUUCGCCUGCAGACAGAGAAGGAGGCUUUAUACAAUGACAGCAGGAAUAAGAUUGAAGAACUUCGUCAGCACCAAGAGGCAGAUCUCAAAGCUCAGCUAGUCCGGACUCAGAAGCUGCAACAGGAGCUUCAGGCAGCCAACCAGAGUCUAGCUGAGCUAAGGGAACAGCGUCAGGCUGAGCGCCAGGAGCAUACAAGCACCCUGCGGGCCCUGCAAGACCAGGUAGCCUGCCAAAGCGCAGACUCCCAGGAACAGGUGCAGGCACUGUUGGCAGAGAAUGAUGCCUUGCGGACCAACCUGGCUGCCCUAGAGCAGAUCCAGACCUCCAAGACCCAAGAGCUGUGUGCCUUGCGGGAGCAAACUGCGGGCCUGGCUACUGAGCUGCAGCAGCGACAGGCAGACUUUGAGGCCUUGGCAGGCCAGAGAGAUGACCUCAGCUCCCAGCUCCAGGAAUCACUACGGGCAAACGAACGGCUUCUGGAACAGCUUCAGGUCCUGGGCCAGGAGAAAGAACAUCUCAGUCGGGAACUGGAGGAGGCCCGGAAGAGUGCUGAAAAGAGGAAGGCCCUCCUGGACGAGGUGGCGGCCGAGGCGCUGCAGGAAAAGUCAAGGCACAAGGAUGAGCUGGGCUCAGCCAGGCUGCAGGCGGAGAAGGACGUGCUGGCAGUGCGAGCUCGCUAUGAGAGGGAGCUUCGACAGCUCCACGACGGCCGCCGGCGGCAGGAGGAAGAGCUCCGGGCUCAGAUCCGGGAAGAGAAGGCACGGACCCGGGAGCUGGAGAGUCUGCAGCAGAUGGUGGAGGAUUUGCGGGCCCAGUUGCAGUCAAUGGAAGGAGCUAAGGGCUGGUUUGAGCGGCGUCUGAAAGAGGCUGAGGAGGCCCUGGAGGAACAACAUCAGGAGCAUGAAGACCACCUUCGGGUGGAGGAGGAGCGCCACAAGGCGGAGCUGCAGCGGAAAGAAGAUGAGGUGCAGGCAGCAGAGGGCCGGCUGCAGGAGGCUGAGACCCUGUGCGGUGGCCACCUGGACACCAUCUCGAGGCUCCAACAAGAAGUGAAGGAUGUGGCAGAUGGGCAGCGCAUCCUAGAGAAGAAGGGGAGUGCCGCGCUGAAGGACCUGAAGCGGCAGCUGCAGCUGGAACGGAAGCGGGCCGACAAGCUGCAGGAGCGGCUCCAGGAGCUCCUGACCAAUAGCAAGAGCCGCUCAGGCUUUGAGGAGCUAGUUCUGUCAGAGAUGAACUCACCCAGCCGGGCACAAACGGGUGACAGCAGUAGUGUCUCCUCCUUCAGCUACCGGGAGAUCUUAAGGGAGAAGGAGGGCUCAGCUGGCCCUGCUCUGGUACAGCAAUCAUCCUCAGGGAGCCCCCCUGGCCCAGCUCGGCCGGCAGAGCUGUCAGAUGAAGAGGUGGCUGAGCUUUUUGAGCGGCUGGCGGAGACUCAGCAAGAGAAGUGGAUGCUGGAGGAGAAGGUAAAGCACCUGGAGGUGAGCAGCGCCUCAAUGGCUGAGGACCUGUGCCGGAAGAGCGCCAUCAUCGAGACUUACGUCAUGGACAGCCGCAUUGACGUGUCUGGCCCCUCAGGCCACACAGACAGAAGUGGCCUGGGCAGUGUCCUGCGGGACCUAGUGAAGCCAGGAGAUGAGAACCUUCGGGAGAUGAAUAAGAAGCUUCAGAACAUGCUGGAAGAGCAGCUCACCAAAAACAUGCACCUACACAAGGACAUGGAGGUUCUCUCACAAGAGAUCGUGAGGCUCAGCAAGGAGUGUGUUGGGGGGGCAGAACCCUCCCCUCCUGUGUCUGGAGAGGCCAGCUGAGGACAAGAUGCAGCCCAGCCGGCUGGCCCAGCCUGGGCAGGGGGCACAGGCUAGCCAGGCCCCCCCAGCCCGCAUCUGUCCCUGUGCAUGACUUUGUGUGACCCACCUCUCUCUGUCUCUCCUCCCCUUCCCCACCUUCUCUCUCUCCCCCUCCCUCCCUCUCCCCUCCCCUCCCCUCUCCCUUUUCCCUCUCUCCCCCACCCUUUCUUCUCCCCUCCCCUUUUCUCUCCUUCCCUCUCACUUCCUCCCUCUCUCCUCUGUCUCUGUCUCCUGGCCCACUGUGGCUGUUGCACUUUGGGGGGGGGGGGAAACUGGGUAAAGAGGCCCCCAGUCCACAUGUGCUGUACCUGUGUGCUCUGUCAAGGUCCUGACUCGUGUGGCCCUUUUUCCCUGAAAAAAAUAAUGUCCUACCUUGCUCUCCUGCCUGAAA